AUGUCACAUGUAAAAGGUUCUGAGGCUCCUCAAUGGCCGCUUUCGUCUGUUCCUGACCGUUUUUCUGUCUCACAACUGCUCUCCUCUCUCACCGUCCCCGCCUCUGCAGGCACGUGGAUCGCAUAUCUGGCUCGAGGCCACCGGGUCGUUGGAUGGGUCAGACCAGGCGGCGGGUUUCGAUCUUCGGCUCGGCGGGUAGCGGCGGGCGUGUUCGUGGCAUCGUUGGAGUCGACGUCAGACACCGAGUCCCUCGUGUCUCUCGAGGAGCAGCUGCAACAUAUGCGACAAGAGCUCGCCGCUGCGCGCGCCCAGGUGCGCGCAUCGGAGACCCGUGUGCGGCAGACGCUGGACCGGAUGGCGGAGCUGGAGUCGCUCGUGCAGACCACGCGCGUCGUCGACCCUCUUCCCAGGGAACCCAGCAGCAGCCAGGGGGAUGCGGCGGAGGGUGGCGCGCCGAGUGCUAGCCUGGCGGUAGUGGAGAAGGCGGACGCGAUUCUGGCCGCGGAGCCCGCGGAGCUGCAGAGCGCCGCUGAGACGGCGGCGUCGCAGGGGCGCGUGGCGAAGGGGAAGCAGAAGGGGAAGGCCCCGCGGCGCACGAAGCUGGACACGUCGGGGCCGCUGCCCAAGUACGCGUCCACGCUCAAGAACUUCUGGUUCCCCGUCGCCUUCUCCAAAGACGUCGACGCCACCACGCUGAUUCCGUUUGACUGCUUCGAGGAGCCGUGGGUGGUGUUCAGGGGCCCAGACGGCAAGCCAGGGUGCAUCCGGGACGAGUGUGCGCACAGGGCAUGCCCUCUCUCCAUCGGCACUGUGGUGGAAGGCCACGCUGUCUGCCCCUACCACGGGUGGGAGUUCAAGCCGGACGGGCAGUGCACCAAGAUGCCAUCCACGCGCCUCACCAACGUGCGAGUGCGAGCGCUGCCGUGUGUGGAGCACGAGGGCAUGAUCUGGGUGUGGCCCGGCACCGCCACGCCCACCGACACCCUGCCCUCCACCAUGCCGCCCCCCUCCUACACCGUGCACGCCGAGAUAGUGAUAGAGCUGCCGGUGGAGCACGGGCUGCUGGUGGAGAAUCUCCUGGACCUCGCCCACGCGCCCUUCACACACACCACCACCUUCGCCAAGGGCUGGUCCGUUCCCAGCCUGGUUCGCUUCAAGUCGGCAGCUGCGCAGGCACUGCAGGGCCACUGGGAUCCGUACCCCAUCGCCAUGGAGUUCCGCCCGCCCUGCAUGGUGGUGUCCACCAUCGGGCUCGUCAAGCCGGGCCAGCUGGAGGGGGAGGCCAGCGCGCAGGAGUGCACGCAGCAUCUGUACCAGCUGCACGCCUGCCUGCCGUCAUCACGCGGCAAGACACGGCUGCUCUACCGCAUGGGGCUUGACUUUGCCCAGUGGGUCAAGUUUGUGCCUUUCAUCGACAGACUGUGGAAGUCUCUGGCUAACCAGGUGCUGGACGAGGACUUGCGUUUGGUGGUAGGGCAGCAGGACAGGAUGAGACGUGGUGCAAAUGUGUGGAACCACCCUCGGCGCAAGCUGGUGGAGCGGCUGGGGCCCGUGUGGAGCGACGGCGAGCUGCGCGCGUUCUACCGCCUGCUGCGCGCCGAGGGGAAGAACUGGCGCAAGGUGGGGGAAGGGAGGGCGCGGGGGAAGGCGCGGGGGGGGGGGAGGGGGGGGUGGGGGAGGAGGGGGGGUGGUGGCGGAGUUACCGGGGCGAACGGAGGAGAUGGCAGAGGCACUCUUCAACAUGAACAGGUUCCCAACCUGCUCUGUCCUCAAAUCACAGUCCGUUCUCGUGCUGCUGCGUGUGUGCUGCCCGCGUCACCACAGGCGUACCUAUCGUUGCCAGAGGGAGCAGCAUCGGCGGUGGGGCUCGUGGCCAUGAUGACAGAUCACUACUCCAUGCUCGUACGCCCCUCUCCUGCCCCACCCUUGCAUGCCCCCUUCCCUGCCCGCUUCCUGCCUGCAUGUUUAAUUCUCUUUUGCCUCCCCAGAUACCGCACUUCCCCUGCUCCCACCCUUUACCUGCUCACCUUCGCGCGAGCUACCACCAUUGCACCUUCCAACACUGCUCCUUGCCCCUCUUUGCCCCCAAUCCCCCCACACCCGAGGGAGGAGAGGCGCGGGGCAGAGGAGGAGAGCGCGGAACAAGGGGCGGAGGAGCAGGAGGCGCAGCAGUGGAGCGUGGGGAGAAGCACGGGGUCCAGUGCGGGGCGAGGGGGCAGCGAUGGCGCCGUGAAAGGGAGGGAUGUGCGGGGGGCAGCAGCAGCAGCAGCAGCAGCAGCAGGAGGAGUGGCAGGCGGAAGGCAAUCGGCAGGUGUGUGUGCUGCUAAGGCACGUGUCUGUAAGUACCUGCGUGAUGCUUUCUAUCCCGGAGCUGCACUAGGGAGGCAAGCAGAGGGGCGCGGACAAGGAGAGCGAGGGAAGGAGGAGAGAGGGGCAGGGCACGAGGGGAGGCAGGGGGGUGUGGGGAGAAUGGAAGGGGCGGGCAGGCAAAGGAGCGUAGGGUCGCACACCCCUAAGAAGGCUCGGUCGGCGGUUGCUGUGGUGGGUGGCGUGGGGGCGAGAGGGCGAGGCGCGGCAGAGGAGGACGAGAAGAGACGCUCUGAGGUGGCUGCUGGUUUGCGGGUGUCACUGCGCCCACAGCAGCAGCAGCAGCAGCAGCAGCAGGAACAGGAGGUGAAGGCAAGGGCAGAGAAGGAGGAGGAGGAGGAGAAAGAGAGCAGAGCAGAUGAGGCAGGUAGCAGGUUGGCAGGGGUGCAGAGGCGUGGAGAGGAGAAAGGAACAGGGAAGGAGGAGAAGGUUAAGGGGAUUGAGGAGAGGAGGGAGGAGAAGGGCGGUGAUGAGGGGAAGGAGGCGAAGGAUGGUGAAGAGAGGAAGGAGGGGAAGCAGAGGAAGGACGGGAAGGACGGGAAGGAAGGGAAGGGGGGCAAGCGCAAGGCGAAGGCAAAGAGGAAGGGAGUUGCAGGCGGGGCAGAGGUGGGGGCCGAACCUGGUGGGCAGGGAGGGCAGGUGGGUGGCGUGGGUGAUGGGGGGGAGAGGGAGGCGGGGCAGCAUGCAGGAGAAGGGGGCCGAGUUGGGGGAGAUGGAGAUGGAGGGGGAGAAGGGGCCGCGAGGGGAGAAGGGGCUACGAGGAGAGAAGGGGCUACGAGGAGAGAAGGGGCUACGAGGAGAGAAGGGGCUACGAGGGGAGAAGGGGCUACGAGGGGAGAAGCAGGAGCAGCGGGGCAGGGGGUGCAGGAGGCUAUGGGUAGUGGUGGGGGGGAGCAUGCAAUCAGUCUUUUCCACGGUGGCAGCUCCGGAUUGGAUGCCCUGGCCACGUUGGCAGACCUGUCUUUGACAGCUAUGGCGCGCGCCAACAGCCAUGCUGCCGCCCCUCAUACCGCUGCUGCUGCUCCUGCUGCCAGCACUGCUGUGGGCGCCCCUUUCGCCGCUGCCUCUGGUGCUGCUGGGAUUUCCGCCACAGGCCACGUGCCACCUGCCCCGCAGCCGAGCCAGCAGCAUGAGGCGGAGGGGGCGGGCGGGGCAGGAGGUGCAGGGAAGCAGCGCGCAGCAGACAAGCAGGGGGGUGAGGCGAGGGCGGGAGAAGGGGCGCAGGGCAGCAGGGAGGCGCCCAGAGGGGCAGGGCCUGUGCCGAGGAAGGCAAAGAAGAGUAAGAAGAUCAAGGCAGGAGGGGGCAAUGAGAGGAAGGAGGGAGGCGCGGCGAAUAAGGACAAAAGCAGCCAGCCGGAGCAGGCAACAGGGCGGCCACGCCCUCCCGCCUCGCUCCCUGUGCCCGGCCCCUACCCUCUGCUGCCGCCUCCCUCGGUGCCCCCUCUGCCCGUGCCAGUCGCCUUCCCUGCCCUCCCUCCCACGCCCGCCAUGCCCUUUGCUGCUCCUGCCCUUGCCGUUCCUGCAGCGGCAUCGGCAGCAGGAGUAGCGGUAGCGGCCGGAGCAGCAGCAACAGCAGUGCGAUCCCCUCGGCCGAGUGCCUUCAAUGUGGUGCUGCCGAACAUGCCAGGUGCCAUGCCAGGUGGAGUGGGUGGUGCUGCAGGUGGAGGCAUGGCCGUGGGUGCUGCCCCUGCAGCAGGUGCAGGGGGGGCAGCGAGGGCGGAGGCGGAUCCGCUAGACGACAUGCUGCGGCGCUUCCAGCACGCUGCAGCCGCACACGCCAGCGCCACCACCAGCAGGCCUGGCAGUGGCAGCAGCACCACCAGGGCGGGCAGCGGUGCAGUGGCGGGCAAGGGCGGGUCAGUGCCUGUGGUGGUUGGUGGUGGCGGCGCGCAGGGCAGCAGUGGCAGGGCCGUGGGGGCUGUGGGGAAAGGGGCAGGGGGUGCAAGGCAGGGGGUGGGAGGGGAAGGGGCGAGGAGGGCAGGUGGAGGGGAGGCGGCUCGGCAGCAGGGAGGGGGAGGAGGAGGGGGGGUAAAGGCAGCAGGGGGUGCCAAGGGGGCUGUGAAGGCGAGGAGGAAGGCGGAGGAGGUGGCAGAGGGCGAGAAGAAGGGGCAGGGGAAGGUGAAGGAGGGGGCAGGGCCGGGCGCGGACGAGCAUGGCCCCCUCCCUCCUCACUCCCUCGCUUCCUCCGCCCCUCCAACCGUGCCUCCCCCGGUUGCCCCUGCUGCUGCAGGGCCAUGUGCGGCUGGUGGGGAGCAGGGCAAGGAGAAGAAGAAGGGAAAGGAUGGGGGGGCGAGGGAGAAGAGGAAGGGGAAGGAGGGAGGGGUGAGGGAGAGGCGGAAGGAGCAGGAGGGGGGAGUGGUGGAGGAGAGGGUGGUCCUCAAUUUGAUGGGGCGAGACGACAGGGAGGGUGCAGGCAGCGGCGUGAGUCCGGUGGAUUAUGUUGGGAUAGCUCAAGACUCAAGUGCAGCAGACACAGGGGGGCUUGUGCAGCAGCAGCAGCAGCAGCAGCAACAACAGCAGCAGCAACAGCAACAGCAACAGCAACAGCCAGUUACGGCACAGCUGCUGCCUCUUCUGCCACCCUCCCAGCACACUGCCACCACCACAGCAGCAGCAGUAGCAGCAACCGCUCCUACCAUGGGCUCUAGAACCAAUCUGCUAAGCUAUCCUCUCUCCCCCUCCUCCUCGCCUUCUCUCUCCCUCCGCCUCCCAUCCGCCCUGCCCCUCUCCCCCCGCCCCUCCGCAUCCCUCCCACCCGCCCCACACCUCUCAACCGCACCAGGGCCCCUGUUGCUCCAAAUGCCCCUUUCCAUACCCCCUGCACCGCCCGUAACCCCCACAGCCCCCACAGCCCCCACGCCCCCCAUGCUCCCCUUGCUCCCCAUGGGGCCCCCGCCCACCCACACUGGUAUCUCCCUGCACUCUGCUCCUCUGCGCCCGCCCCUCCCCAUGGACGGCGCGCAGGAGAGGGGGGGAGAGCAUGCGGCCGCGCAGCAAGGGGGAGGGGAGCAGAGGGGGGGCGCCACGUGGCUGCCUAUGCCACAUCAGCCUGUGCACCACAUGGCGCCACCUCAGCAAUACCAAGCAGCAGCAAGAGGAGGAAAAACGUGGGGCAGAGCGCCACGUUUAGCAGCACGGGGGGCAGGCAGGAGGAAGAGGCGAGUGGAGCUGUGGCAGGUGGGGAGAGAAGGCGGGGAGGGCGGAGAGAGCGGAGGGAACAAGGCACAGCAUGGGCCACAUGGCACAGCAGCGUGUGUCCCCGUGCCUGGGCAUGGGGAUGGGCGAGUGGAUGGGAUGGAUGGUACUCUCGCCCCGCCACCGCGGGUGUGUCUGGCAGUGCAGCAGUGGGCGCGCUGCGAGUUCUUCUACAGCGCCAUCGACCGCCCCUGGUUCCGCCACAGCGACUUCCACCGCUGCCUCGCCCUCCUCGCCGCCCCGCCUCCCACCGCCCUCCCGCGCACGCUCUGGCGCCUGCUGCGCUGCGCCAUGGGCAAGCCGCGCCGCCUCUCCCCCGCCUUCCUGGCGGAGGAGCGCGCCAACCUCAACGCCUUCCGUGCUGCCGCGCGCACCGCCCUCGCCACUGCCGCUGCCGCCGCUGCUGCUGGUGCGCCUGCAGGAGUGGCUGUGCAAGGGGGCGGGCAGGUGCAAGUGGGGGAGGCGGUACUGGCAGUGCACCCUGCCACGGGCGUGGUAGCAGCGGGGAGGGUGGUGGGCGUGGGCCAUGGUGGGGGGAGGGAGGGAAGGGAGUAUGGGGAGGGGAGGGGGGAAGGGGAGGCGGUGGUGGUGGUGCGCUUUGAGGAGGGGCAGCUGGGCACACAUGCAGUGGCUGAUGUGGACGUGGAUGUGCUGCCCUUGCAUGGCAUGCAUGGCAUGCCGCUGCCUGCCCCGCUGGUGGGGGGGGCGAGUCCGGGAGAUGGGGGGCAGUCGAGGGAGCAGGAUGUGCGCGCUGUGGUGGAGGUGGCACGCUGCUGCGAUAAGAAGCUCCCCUUCACCCCCUCUUCUUCCUUCCCCUUCCCUUCCCUUCCGUCUCUCCCUUUUUCUCCCCUCCCUGCUGCCAACCAUGUGCUGCGUCCCGUCCCGCCCGUCUCCCCCCUUUCACAUCACGCUGCUGCCUCCCAGGCUGCACUGCUGGCGGAGCUGCAGUGCCUCAACGCACAGGCAGAGGGGUGGCUGGGGCAGUUGGGGCAUGCUGCGCUGCUGGCGGAGCUGCAGUGGCUCAACGCACGGGCAGAGGGGCAGCUGGGGGUGCUGCAGGGGAGGGCGGGAGAGGGGGCCCUGGCAGGGGGUGGGGUCGGGGGUGUGGCGGAGGGCGGUGUGGGGCUGGACGAGUCGUUUCAGCGGCAGUAUGCCGUGGUGCUGCUGCAGCUUAGAGACACGGACAAGCAGGUGAGGCAGACGGACAAGUGCGUGAGCG